AUGACUUCCCAGGAGAUUGAUGAAAAAACAGCCGGCAUCCCCGCUACAGAGGAUGUGUCGCGCUCAGUCAGCCAUGACGCUGAAGACGAGCCCACCGACGAGGAGCUGGCGACCCUGCGUCGCGUGCCGGGUAAUCUCCCCAUCGUAGCCUACCUCAUCUGCGCCGUCGAGUUCUCCGAGCGCGCCUCAUACUAUGGUGUCUCUGGUCUGAUCUCCAACUUUGUCAAUCGCCCGCUGCCUGUCGGAGGCAAUGGCUAUGGUGCGCCCCCGGCAGGAACACAGCAGACUGCUGGCGCCUUGGGCAUGGGUACUGUCAAGGCAAACGCUGUCAACCAGUCCUUCAGCAUGUUGGCAUAUGCCCUGCCCAUGAUCUUUGGUUAUCUUUCCGAUGCUCACACAGGCCGCUUCAAGAUGAUCUGCUGGGGUGUCCUCGUUUUCGGCGUUGCUCACGUCUUGAUGGUUGGUGCGACCGCGCCAACCCUGCUUGCCAAUGGAGGUGCUAAGGCGCCGUACUUUAUCUCCCUGUACAUUCUGUCGGUCGGUGCUGCUAUGUUCAAGCCCAACGUCUCUCCGCUCCUUCUUGAUCAGAUGCCCAACACCAAGGCGAAGACCAGGGUGCUGAAAAGUGGUGAGAAGGUCAUCGAAGAUCCCGAAGCUACCACCGAACGUGCUGUGCUCUGGUUCUACCUUCUGAUUAACAUCGGCGGUUUCAUGCAGGUGGCCACCUCCUACUCUGAGAAGUAUGUUGGCUGGUGGUUGGCCUUCAUUCUCCCGCUUUUCUUGUAUCUGCCGCUUCCCGCCCUCCUGUUCUGGCUUCGAAAGCGCCUUGUUCUGCAUCCGCCCGGUGGUAGUGAUCUGCCCAAUGUCGUUCGCGUUCUGGGCAUCUGCCUCAAACGUGGAGGUAUCUUCCGCAUUGGCCGUCACGGUUUCUGGGACGCAGCCAAGCCAUCAGUUAUCGCGGCCAAUGGUCAGAAUAUCCCGACUCGCUGGAACGACCAGUUCGUUGAGGAUGUCCGUCGCACGUUCCAGGCGACGGGAAUCUUCUGCUUCUUCCCCAUUCAGUACAUCAAUGACAACGGAUUGGGUCAAGCGGCGAGCUUUUUGUCUACCAUGUUAGUCACCAACGGUGUGCCCAACGAUGUCAUCAGCAACUUCAACUCUCUGAGUAUCAUCUUGUUUUCUCCGAUCUUUAACUACAUGUUCUACCCACUCCUCCGUCGGUUCCACAUCCGAUACGGCCCUGUCGCUCGUAUCACCACCGGAUUGGCCAUGUCUUCAAUCGGUGGCGUCGGUUACACUGUUAUCAACUACUAUGCCUACAAGCUCGGCCCUUGCGGCAAUUAUGGUUCUUCGGACACUUGUGUGGAUGCCAACGGAGUUUCUCUAGUGGCUCCUAUCACUAUUUGGUGGAUGGCGGUUCCCUACGCUCUUGGUGGUAUUUCCGAGCUCUUCGUCAACGUCCCGGCUUACGGUAUCGCCUAUUCCCGAGCUCCCAAGAACAUGCGUGGCUUGGUCUCUGCCAUCAAUCUGCUCAACACCGCCGUCGCCUACGCGAUCGGUCUUGCCUGCUCGGCUGUUAUCCGUGACCCGUACCUGACCUGGGAUUUCGGUGGACCAUCCAUCGUCGGUGGUGUUCUCACUGUUGUUUUCUACUUCAUGUUCCGUCACAUUGACAAGGAAGAGUAUACGUUGAGCGAGAACGGUGAUUACCAUCUCACGCUGGAGGGUACUGCGAACGUGGUUGGCGAAAACUCGCACAACAAGACCACUAACCCCACUCCUGCGAUUGCAGAGAAUGAGGAGUUUGGUAUUUCACCAAAGCAGUAA